AUGGCCAAAUCAAUUGAAACAAUUUCUAUAGGCAUCAAACUUGACGGAAAAAAUUUCCCUAUUUGGUCAAAAUUGAUGCUUGUAAACAUUGGAUCCAGGGAGAAACUGGAUCACAUAGAGGGGGAAAAUGAGCCGCCGGCACGAGACGAUCCCAAGUUCAAGGAAUGGCAAGCUGCCGAUUACAUGGUGUUCUCGUGGCUUAUCCAGAAUAUGGAGCCGAGACUCGUCGUGCAAUUCGCCCAACAUCAGACAGCCAAGGCUAUGUGGAAAAGCCUUGUCACUACCUUCGGUGCACGAGUCGAUCCUGUACAAGUCUACGACCUUGAAAUCACGACAACAAGAACGUUGCAAGGGGACGACAGCCUCGAAGGCUACUGGAGUGAACUCCAAAAACUUUGGGUGGACACAGAUUCAAGGAAGCCUUGUCCAUAUACAUGUUGCGACAAAGGUCCUGGCAUCUACCAAAAAGAGACGCAGACCAAAAGAUUAUACCAAUUCCUCGCCGGGCUAAACGACAAGUACAAUGGCCUGCGGCGGGAGAUUCUCAAACUCAGCGACACUACAGCUGAGGAAGCAUUCGGAAUAAUGAAACAAGAGGAAGGUCGGACUGCCGUGUGGAGACCGUCGGCGAGACUGUCCGACCCAGGAGAAACCGGAAUUGGAGCGGGCUUCGGUACCCGAUUCCAUCUGCCACCACCACACAUGCAGACACGCGGACCACCACUGCCCUACACUGCUCCACCGGCGCUGCCCCCACGCGGAAACUUCACGAACCGAAAGGGACUUGACAAAUCGAAACUCCAUUGUUCCCACUGUGGAAUGACAAAGCACACCAAGGAGACGUGCUUCAAGCUCGUCGGCUACCCUGAAUGGUGGGAGGACGGGCACAAGGCGAACAAGGGCGGUGCUGGGAAAGUAAAAACGGCUAUUGGGCGAGAAGAGGUCGAUGGGAAUGGAGGAGUCGUCGCUCCAGCGGGCAACCAGAUGGCCACUGGCGCUGGGGGCGACGGGAAUCGUCCGGGAGAACUCCUAAUUGCAGGCGGGUGGUGGGGAACAGGCAGCGGUGGUGAGCGAGGGGAGGCAGCGGCGCCGAAGUCUUCCGCCUCUUUUACUCGUUCAAUUGAAGGAUAUCCGGACGGGGAUGACGAUUGGGCGUGGCACUGAACACCAAGGGUUGUAUUAUGUGGAUGAGAUAGCUCAAUCUGGCAGAGGAAUGCUGGCUCACGGAACUUCAGACCAGGAAGUCAAGUUAUGGCAUAGGCGGUUAGGGCAUCCGUCCUCAAGUUAUUUAAACAUUUUAUUUCCUAAUCUCGUUAAGAACUCCGUUUUUAAUUGUGAAACAUGUGUUUUGGCCAAGAGCCACAGACAAUCUUUUAAACUCAGUAAUACUAGAGUUGAUUCUGUUUUUUCCUUAA